CUGGUCGUAAGCGACUCGAGGUGACAACUUCCGCUUCCGGUUGGGCUCCAGCUGGAAGAUUAAAGUUUGACUGUCCUGAGAGGUCAGAUUGCCGUCAGUAUCUCUUCCUGUAGAUAUGGCCCCUGGACAUGGACAUGGACAUGAACAUGGCCAUCAUAAAAUGGAACUUCCAGAUUAUAGACAGUGGAAGAUAGAAGGGACACCAUUAGAAAUUGUCCAGGAGAGGCUGGCUGCACAGGGGCUAAGAGAUCCAUGGGGCCGCAAUGAAGCUUGGAGAUACAUGGGUGGAUUUGCCAACAAUGUUUCCUUUCUUGGUGUAUUGUUAAAAGGAUUCAAGUGGGGAUUUGCUGCCUUCGUGAUAGCUGCAGGAGCGGAGUAUUUCCUGGAGUCCCAGCAUAAAGAUAAGAAGGAUCACUGAAGCUAGUUCCCGGAAAUAUAUUAGUGGCUUCUUAAUCUCUUAUAAAAAUAAGAUAACUAUACCAUAA